UGUUCACCUUCGCAGACCUCAUCACUGCUUCACUUUGCACCAACAUGUGCAAACACAUCCUCAAUGCCCAAGUGACAGUCCGUGCACCCUGCUGCCAACGCUUCUUCGACUGUCCACAAUGUCACGCCGAAUCCUCCGACCACCCGCUCGCCAAGACUACGGAGCUGGCCUUUGUAUGCAAGAAGUGCCGCAGGGCAUUCCGCCGUGACUUGGAGCGCUUUGAGCAGGGCAGCGAUGACUAUUGUCCACACUGCGAUAAUUGCUACGUCAUUGACGCAAGGACAGGCAGCGACGCGAGGGCAGCAAGGGAGGCUGCGGCUGCAGCAGGGGAGGAGGGAAUGGAGGUGCCCGAUGCGAGAGAGGACUCGUCCAUCUACCAGGCGCUGGACCCGCGACAACGCUAUGACCCUCGAAGAGACUUCCGAGCUGCGGCGCACAAUGCUACCGAGGGAGGAGACCGCAUCGAUGUCGGCGGACUGCAGGGCGCCGUCGAGCAGGGGAAGAUCAAUGAGGAGAGGAGGCAGGACAUUCUCGAUGCUAGCCUGUUGGCCGCCGCUUCUGCCAAUCAUGGAGCUGGUGGGGCGAGCAACUUUGCAGCAAUCGAUGACGACCUCGACUGGAGCUGAGCGGAUCCGCCGAUGAGUAAGAUUGGCCGCACUCAAGCGUCACACGAUUAGAGAUUGGACAAUUGCUCCAUUCGUAACCACAAAACAGUCAUACCCUUCCGAGCACAUGGUCCCUCUACGCCUUGAGGUACCCAUUCGACUGCAGCCACCCGCGCACAUCCUCCGUCGACCUUUUGACCCAACCAAUGUUGGCGCGCACCUCGUCCAAGCCCUGCUCGAGGCCAGACUUGUACUUGUCGUUGUCGUGCUUGGAGAAGAAUGACUCGAUCUGUUGGAGGUCCUCCGGAGAAGAGAAGGAGCUGAUCGAGUACUGGAUAAUGCGGCCGAGGGAGAAGUCUUAUCGGGCGCGACGAGUGAUGGAAGACAGAGGGCGGGAAGGAGAGUAAGGAAAGGGAGGAGAGGACCGUCAGAAGCAAUACCAAUUAUCUCAUCGCCACGCGCGCAC